AUACACUAUAGCUACUGAGGCGGCAUCAGUUUGAGCAAGGCAUUUCUCUUUACCCCGACAAACCUUCAGGGGGCUUUUAGCAUUUGUUCAGUCUGCAGUCUCUGGAAAACAUCUGAUUCAUUUUGUAACCAGUCCCAGAUGCGGCAGCGUGAGAGUGUGUUCGCAUGAGCGCGUCAUAGUGAGUUUGUCAGUGCAUGAUAAUUUGGGGGAGAAUAUCUGCUGUCUAGAGAACGGGAGGGAAAGAAGAACCGUGUGGAUUUUUUUUUAAUAUAACUUUUUUAGGUAUGAACGCAGCGUGCGUCUCAUACUGCGAUAUGACAUCGAUGGAUUCAUAUUAUAACACGUCUACUGCGCAAGGUAGGGAUCACCAGGCGAACCCGUUCAGGACUUUCCCGACCACUGAACCCAAAUACAGCCCCACGUUCAUUCCGGGUAAAGUACAGGCUUAUGGAGAGAAGUCCCGGAGUCCUUUCCAGCCGGAGUGCCAGUCGUUGGAUGGCGCUGAGGACAGCACCUUCAACAAAUACCAGCUCUUCAUGCAGCGACCGACCUGCAAAACUCCACCCGAAGGCAGCAAGCUGCACCCGGACAGCGGACACAACGGGACGCUGAUUCCCUGCUAUGGAAAAGACAACAGCGGCCUGACAGAGUCCGAGUUACCCCCGGGCGUCGACGCUCCCGGGAUGGAAGGCAGCUACCUGAACCUAAAGGCGCCUGGCGAGAAGGGCCUUAGCGAGCGGCCCGGCUCUGACUUUUCCAGCCCUCUGGACAAAAGUGAGGCCGAGAGCAACAAAGGCAAGAAGAGACGCAAUCGCACCACGUUCACCAGCUACCAGCUGGAAGAGCUGGAAAAGGUUUUCCAGAAGACACACUACCCAGAUGUUUAUGCCCGGGAGCAGCUGGCACUGAGGACGGACCUGACGGAGGCUCGUGUACAGGUGUGGUUCCAGAAUCGCAGAGCCAAGUGGAGGAAGAGGGAGCGUUACGGACAGAUGCAGCAGGUCCGGACACACUUCUCUACUGCUUACGAGCUGCCUCUACUAACUCGGCCUGAGAACUAUGCACAGAUCCAGAACCCUUCGUGGAUCGGGAGCAGCAGUGGAGCCUCUCCAGUGCCGGGUUGCGUUGUGCCUUGUGACUCCGUCUCCUCCUGCAUGCCGCCUCAUCCUCACGGUCCUGGAGGCAUCUCUGAGUUCCUGGGCGUGCCCAGUCCAGGGAGCAGCCACAUGGGACAGACACACAUGGGCAGCCUUUUUGGGGGUCCCGGGAUGGGCGGGGGAAUCAAUGGCUACGAUCUUAACCUUGAUCCAGACCGCAAGUCUUCCAGCAUAGCUGCGCUGCGUAUGAAGGCCAAGGAACACAGUGCAGCCAUCUCUUGGGCUACAUGAGGUCUCAGUCCAGUUCCACCCUGCCCCCUCAUGGCCCUCUUCUCUGGAGCAGCCAUCAGCGAGCUGAGCAUCUGUGGGGGAGGAGGGAGUUUUCCUGAGAGCACUAAUGAUAACACAGGUCAAAUGAACAGGGAGAGACUGUGGAGAUAACAGAGGCCAUUACAGCGGCCAACGCAACCAAGAUAACAACUGUGACUGUGACAAUCAGCAGAUGCUGAAAGUGAGAGAAAUACAGAGGUGUGACUCGGGAGAAGAUGUUACUGAGACGUUGCGUUCAUUCUCGAUUCCUUGAUCUCUCAGGUCGCAUUGAAAUAUGGGUUCAGUCCUCAAUAAACUGGGUAUCAUUCAUGAUAAUGAUUUCAGUAAGAUAAGCAAUAUAAUAAAUAUGGUUUACAAAAUACUAUCAUAGAAUAAAGGAAUGCAGUGUCAAAGCCAGCACUAGCAUACAGUAUAUAAUUUACAGAGGUAAGCUUGAUUCACAUAAUUUACUUCCCAUAGCUUGUUUUUUAUACCACCCAUUCUGCUCCACUCAUUUUAUUUGUGUUACUUUAGACUUGUCUCUCUUAUUGUAUACUGUACAUGAGCUCAAGAACAUAGUAACAAGUGAGUGAGAUUUCCGUUUAUGUCGGUUGCCAUUGCAAACUGUCCUUUAAAACACGAUAACUGGUUAUAAAAGAAAACGUACAUUUUGUCGAAGCUUGCGGUGCAUAGUUUAUGUCCCUGCAAAGAAGGACAGAGGUUGAAUGCAAUAAGUGAACAGAGUCUAAUUGAGUGAGAGCAGACAUGGCCUGUGCCAAUUUAUUCUAGGAGGAGGGCAGGCAUUGGAUUGGCAGCAAUUUCAAACCAACGUGUCAUUUCCUCCCCCAGGGCUGCCUCCACAGGUUCUCCUGCUAGGCUCAGGCCUCAGGUUACAGGAAACACCGUCUCCACUGGCAGACGAGGCCUGGCUACGCACAGCAGCCGCCUUCAACACCAACUAGCCACGCCAGCUUCAAUCAGCAACCAACAGGAAUAGACACACUUAAUUAGCAUUAAAGUGAGCCGUCCUGCCCCGCGAACACCGUAGUACAUCACAGCGCACACAAAGUUCCACACGCUGUAACAAUCAAUUCACCGUCAGACGUGGGCUCAGCAAAGGUGACUCUCGGAUUUGUAGCUCGCUCACACAAUCCGUCACAUGCCAGAAACUGCCGGCCAAAUCAGUGGCCCCAAUCGUCCCAAAGAGCAUUCUGUAAUGUCUAGGUAAUGUGAUGACUUUAGAGCUGGGCUGCAGGAAUGUGGUGAAUAUGUCCAGUGAUUGCAGGAGUGUCUCUGUGUGUUACCCCGUCGGAAUAAGCUUGUCACCAGAGCUGGGCUGCAGGCUGAGGCUAGAGACAGGCUUCAUUAGACUUUUGGCUGAUCUCUCUAUGACGCCCGCUGGGCUACAUAUCCCGGUAUAUCUCCGGUGAGGAUGAUGGCAGAAGAGUCUGUUUCUGCUCCUCGUAGCUGAUUGAUCAUUGUAACAUACGAGUGCCCAUCUCAGCCUCCUGCUUGAGAGUAGAAAUGCAACUAACGACUUGCUUGGUCUAUAAAAUGCCAGAAAAAAAAAAAUCUUCAAAAGAUUUGUUUAGUGAGCCCAAACCCCAAAAU